AAACACCUUCGAAUCCUUUGCUGGUUCAUGACGGACGGAGAAAUCCUGGAAAAAGCCAAACGUGUUCGCGACACGUGGGCGAAAAACUGUGACAUCACACUCUUCAUGAGUUCAACAGGAAAUCCGGAUUUUCCCGCCAUCGGUUUGAACGUCACAUCCGGCCGGGAUCACAUUGCGAAUAAAUCCAGAACCGCCUGGAAUCACGUAUACCGAUAUUACCGAAACCAGGCCGAUUUUUUCAUGAAAUCCGACCCUGACUCUUACGUCUCGAUACCGAACUUGAGGCUGUUUUUAUCCGGUAGAGAUCCGACUAAACCGGAGUUAUACGGUCACGCACUUCACUACGGAUUUCAAAAAUGGAUGGGGAAUUUUUCGGGAUUUUAUUCCGCCGGACAGAGUGUCGUCCUGACGAGGGUCGCUCUAGUAAAAAUGGUGUCCGGU